AUGAAUGGGUAUAGUAUAGCUACGAUAGUCGUGAUUAUUAUUGCUGCCGGAUAUUACUAUUUCCUAUCACAAACGGUCGAUCUUUCCAAGUACAUCAAGAAUGAUCAAUGCUGGACCAACAGUCCAUCUCAUACCAUUGAAGAUGAUACAACAAUUAAGCCGUUUAAAGUCAACAUUAGUCAAGGUGCCAUAAGAGAUUUAAAUACAAGGUUGAAAAGGAUUCGAAAUUAUGCAACAUUGCAAGACACUCAUUGGGAUUAUGGAACCAAUGCAGAUUAUAUUUUAUCACUAGCAAAUUAUUGGCAAAAUCAUUACAACUGGAGAAAUCAUGAACUAACUAUAAACAACUUUAAUCAUUACAAAACAAGAAUACAAGGAAUUAAUGUCCAUUUUAUUCAUCAAACUGGCAGUGAUGAUUUGGCCAAAAAGUCAACCAAGGUCAUCUUAAUGAUACACGGCUGGCCGGGCUCAUUUUAUGAGUUUUACAAAGUCAUCCCGAUAUUAGUAAAGGCCAAUCACACUGUGAUUGUUCCGUCAAUACCUGGCUUUGGAUUUUCAAGUCCUCCAGAAAAAUCUGGAUUAGGCACUAUUGAAACAGCUAGUAUAUUCAUACAGUUAAUGCAACGAUUAGGAUACAAUCACUACUAUGUUCAAGGUGGUGAUUGGGGAUCUGCAAUUGCCAAUGCGAUGGCUAUAUUAGAUUCUAAGCAUUGCAAAGGGUUGCACGUCAACUUUGUAUUUAUGACAGCUCCUAAUCCUAUCCUAACAUAUAGUAUAGGCAGCUUUUUUCCGUCGUUAUUUGUCCCAGAUCCUGAAGAGCGCAAGCGAGUCUUUCCUUUCCUUCAAAGGAUUAUUGAGUAUUCCAUUGAAAUGUCGCACUUUUUCUUACACAGCACCAGACCUGAUACAUUAGGACUUGCACUUCAUGAUUCACCAUUAGGGUUAGCUGCUUAUAUUAUUGAGAAAUUUAUCCGUUGGUCUGGAUGCUCCAAUACAAGCAAAAUUGAUUGCAUUGAAGAGAAAUUCACAAAAGAUGAGCUCAUAACAAAUGUUAUGAUCUAUUGGGUAACACAAACAAUAGUACCAUCCCUCCGUUACUAUAAAGAAUCCAUAUUCAACAGCAAGACUUUCGAGUUAGAAAGAGUACCAAUAUCCAUUCCGGCAGGUAUAGCAGAUUUUCCAAAUGAAGUUUCCAGACCGCCGCGAUCUUGGUUAUCUCAUAGAUACAAGAAAAUAGUCACUUACAACACAAUGCUUAGAGGCGGACAUUUUGCUGCUUUAGAAGAGCCUGAUAUAUUAGCUAGGGAUGUCAUUGAUUUUAUUUUGAAGUCUGAUAAGCAAUAUUCGCAUGACAAUAUUUAA